CAACGCUUGUAAUAUGAGCCUUACACUUACAAAAAAGUGUGCUAAGUGUUUUUUCACAACUCCAGCAGUGACAGGGUUCAGAUUAUUUCACAUUCUGUGUCCUUCUUAACCGAAUAGUAGUUUGUUACUGCAGCGCUGCAGUUUUUUUCUAUUAGGAAAGCAGAAAUUUGUAUGCAGUUCACCAGACAGUUGUGCGGAUGCUGGAUUGUUCACAUCUGGAACUGAUUUCUCUUGACUGUCUCCAUUAGCAAAUGCAACAUUUUAUUGUUUGGAGCUGCACAUCAACCUGCAUGCGAACAAAGGACCGAGUAAGACGACUUGUUCUCCAGCAGUACACAGGACACCGCCUGUGCGAAAUUAAAGAGGUUUUACUAUUUUUAAAUGCAGUGACGGAGGUUGAACUGGAAAGAAAAUCAACUUUAUAACUGAAAAAAUGUCUGAUAUGAAAGGCUGGCCUGAAAGGAAACUUCAUUGGUAAUCCAGUUAAAUCUCUCCUUAUGGCUCUUCUCAAGAGAAUUAACCAGGUUCUUCUGUUUCUGCUUGUAUUGACAUUUUUUGCAAUAUGGUACAGCACAGUGUACAAGGUUUCCAGAAACAAGGAAGAUGAAGAUACAGAUGAAGAAAGGGAGGAAGGUGUCAUUCCAGUUGUUAUAUGUGCUGCCAGGAGUCGCAUGGGGGCAACUAUAGCUGCAAUCAACAGCAUCUACAGUAACACUGAUGCCAAUGUGCUGUUCUAUAUAGUUGGCUUGAAAAAUUCAGUAGUGCACAUAAGGAAAUGGAUUGAGGGCACUCAGUUGAGUAGAAUACAUUUUAAAAUAGUGGAAUUCAAUCCAUUGGUACUUAAGGGCAAAGUAAGACCUGAUGCAGCUUUUCCUGAACUUCUCCAGCCUUUGAACUUCGUUCGCUUUUAUUUACCACUCCUCAUCCAGGAACAUGAGAAGGUGAUUUAUCUGGAUGACGAUAUCAUUGUACUAGGGGACAUCCAAGAGCUUUACAACACAAAAAUAUUUGGAGGUCAUGUGGCUGCAUUUUCCGAAGACUGUGAUUUACAUACAACACAGGAAAUAGUGCACAAAGAAGGCAUACAGAACACAUAUAUGGGUUUUCUCGACUACAGAAAAAAAGCCAUUCAGAAUCUUCACAUCAGUCCAAGCACCUGCUCAUUUAACCCUGGUGUGUUUGUAGCCAAUUUGACAGAGUGGAGAGAGCAACAUAUUACCAAGCAGCUGGAGAAAUGGAUGAAGAAAAAUGUUGAAGAAAAUCUCUAUAGUAGUAACAUUGGAGGUGGUGUGGCAACUCCUCCCAUGCUCAUUGUGUUUCAUGAAAAAUACUCACCUAUUACUCCAUAUUGGCACAUUCGAUAUCUGGGUUGGAGUCCUGAUAGCCCUAUCUCUGAGAGUGUUCUUCGCGAGGCAAAGCUGCUCCAUUGGAAUGGAAGAUACAAGCCUUGGCAACAUGCCCAUUCCCAUACCAAUCUGUGGGACAAAUGGUUUAUCCCUGAUCCCACCAGCAAGUUUCAGAUACGCAAACUCUGACAGCAAACCAGAAAAAUGAAUUCCACUAGAACAUCUGUAAUAAAUUAGAAUUUGAAGAUGUCUAUAUUACAUUUUCCAACAAGAUAGUCAUCUGUCAGCAUACCUGAACUAGGCUGUUGGGAGCGCCUAGAAUUUGAAAUGCCCUGCAUAUUGCUGCCUGCCUAGCCUACAUUUCCUUUACUGUGGUUUGAUGUGUACCAAGCACCACAACUAAAAGAACACAUAAAUGUCUUUGUCCUCAUUUAGUCAUCUUUAAAGCUUGCUAUACAUGCCCAGAUCUGUCCAAUUUCCAUAUUGUCUGACCAUUUGGACAUGUAUGGAGGUCUGUUUAUAGUGAUAAAACUGCCAUUCUGGCAAAUUAAAUGUUA